CUAUUUUUGGCUUAGAAUUAUGGUAAUCUGGCAAAUUAAAGCAUUCUGGGAUAUCUAGAAAAUUAAGAUGGCGACGUUGACACCCCUUAUCACCGAUGCAAUUGCAAUGUAAUUAAAAUUUGAAAGGCAUCACUGAAGGACAUUACAUUUUUAGUUGAUUGUUGUGUGAUAUACAAAACUGAUAGGGCUACACAAUGAUUGGUGGGUUGUUUAUUUACAAUCACAAAGGAGAAGUCCUAAUUUCAAGAGUUUUUCGAGAUGAUAUUGGACGCAAUGCUGUUGAUGCUUUUCGUGUGAAUGUGAUUCACGCCAGACAACAGGUGCGUUCUCCUGUAACUAACAUUGCCAGGACCAGUUUCUUUCACAUUAAGCGCUCCAACAUAUGGGUUGCUGCUGUAACUAAACAGAAUGUCAAUGCUGCCAUGGUGUUUGAGUUUUUGCACAAAAUGUGUGAGGUCAUGGCUGCCUACUUUGGCAAAAUUUCUGAGGAGAACAUUAAGAACAAUUUUGUAUUGAUAUAUGAAAUAUUGGACGAAAUAUUGGACUUUGGUUAUCCUCAAAACACAGAUGUUGGGAUAUUAAAAACAUUUAUCACACAACAAGGAGUCAAAUCACAGACAAAGGAAGAAACGGCACAAAUCACAUCUCAAGUGACUGGUCAGAUUGGCUGGAGGAGAGAGGGUAUUAAAUACAGAAGGAAUGAACUCUUUUUAGAUGUUCUAGAAUCUGUAAAUCUACUCAUGUCUCCUCAAGGACAAGUUUUGAGCUCCCAUGUUGCUGGAAGAAUUGUUAUGAAAAGCUACUUAAGUGGAAUGCCAGAAUGCAAGUUUGGCAUCAAUGAUAAAGUUCUAAUGGAAAGUAAAGGAAAGAGUAGUUUGGAUGAUACAACACGUGGUGGGGGUACUGCUGCUAAAACCUCUAUUGCCAUUGAUGAUUGCCAGUUCCAUCAGUGUGUCAAAUUAAGCAAAUUUGAAACUGAGCACAGCAUAAGUUUUAUUCCACCUGAUGGUGAAUUUGAAUUGAUGAGAUAUCGAACAACUAAGGACAUUAGCUUGCCAUUUAGAGUGAUUCCUUUGGUGCGUGAGGUGGGUCGACAGAAAAUGGAAGUGAAAGUUGUUGUCAAAUCCAACUUUAAACCUUCACUUUUGGCUCAGAAAGUUGAGGUCCGUAUACCAACACCAUUAAAUACAAGUGGUGUUCAAGUGAUUUGUAUGAAAGGAAAGGCAAAGUACAAAGCUAGUGAGAAUGCUAUCGUCUGGAAAAUAAAAAGAAUGGGAGGCAUGAAGGAGUGUCAGCUGAGUGCAGAAAUUGAAUUGCUAAAUACCAGUGACAAGGGCAAGAAAUGGACCAGACCACCUAUUUCUAUGAACUUUGAGGUGCCAUUUGCUCCAUCUGGGUUCAAAGUUCGUUAUCUUAAAGUUUUUGAGUCCAAGAUGAACUAUAGUGAUCAUGACGUUAUAAAGUGGGUUCGCUACAUUGGACGCAGUGGGUUAUAUGAGACUAGGUGUUAAUUUUAGUCUUAGGAUUGUAGGUCACCUAGGUUAUUAAUAAUUGGAUGAAAUUAACCCACAUUAUUGUUCUACAAUAACACUUGGCAAUAGAUUGGAAUUUUUUUUUCAUAAAGGUUAAGUAGUUUCAAAUUUUAAUAACAAAGAGCUUUUCUUUUUUCUAACAUUUCAAUCUUUUAUAAUACCAGUAUUGAAACAUAAAACAUUUUUAAAUAGACCACUGUGAUAUUAGCAUAAAAAUUAAUAACACAGUUUUUUAUAGUGAUCUUUUUUUCCUAAACCUAAUUAUUUAGCUUAUAAAUUUUCUUCAUUAGAGAGCAAGUAUUUGUAAUUUUUCUAAUAGAAAAUAAUACAUACAUUUUUGCAUGAAAUUGUACAUGAAAUUUGAUAAACCGUCUAUAGGACAAUCUGUCCUAUACCAUCUCACAAAUAUAUAUUUUGGCCAUUAGCACCUCAAUUUUUCAAGGAUAGAAUAGUAUCUUUAUUCUUUUAUUCGGCAAAAAAAGGAAUUGCUUAUGAACCAAGUGAUAAAUGUCUACAUUCUAUGUAUUAUUUGUUGGAUAAUCUAAACUCAAUAUGAAACUAUUUGAUUUUGAAUCUGUCCAGCAGACUUUUUUAAAAUUAGUUUUUCAAAUUAUACUAUAUUAGUUAUUUUCACUUGAUGUGUAGAAUUUUAAAUAAAGACAAUAAUAGUUAAUGAAUGUAAGAUAUGUUUCUGUUAGUGAAAUUGACGUUAGAAUUAGUACUUGGUACAUGUUGUCACUGUUGCAUUCUCUUUUAGAUAUCAUUUAAAUUGUUUAAAUAUUAUAUCUCUAAACAUCAAAUUGUCUAGAUUAGUUUAUACAUGUUUCAAGAAUUUGUUAGAAAGAAGUUUCAUUUGAUGAUGCAGUUAUUUUUAAAUCUAUAUGUCACAUUUGUUGGUAAUCUUGGUCAUUUACACUUUGUACAAGACAUUAAGCAUUCCUACCUUUGUGUAUUUUUGUUUGUUUAUAUUCAAGAUUUCACAGAAAUAACAUUGAUCUUUAUUUAAAUUGAUAAUUUUUUUUUCUUUCUUUAGCCAUGGAUAUUGAAUUAUUGUUUGUGCAAUAUUUAAAACUAGGUCAAUUUCCCCUCCACCUUUUUUUUUUUUUUUUUUUCCAAACACAUACACAACAAAUACACAUGCUAUGCUUUUGUAUAACAUUUAUCAUCAUGUAUAAUUAGCUGUGGGUAUCAGUCCUUUUUUUUUUUCCCUGUUUCAUUCCUUUAAGCCAAUACUGAAAGUAUGUGGUCUUUCUAUGAAUGGUUUACUUACUAGUACUCAUUUAAUUUUAAGUUUCCAGGGUUUAAUUCCACCUGUAGUUGGAAUGAUUCAUGUAACUUGUCUCCCCUUAUGCUAACUCCAAUGUAAGUUUUGGCCUGCCUGUAAAGAAAGACUUGUGUAAUAUUUGACUACAAAUGUCAUUGUUUUUGUGUUAAACAUGCAUUUAGUUAAUAAAUGAUACAAAAACACA